GCGGCUCAGUUCUGCGGUGCCAGGGAGCAGAGCAGAGCCCAGCCCCGCCCCACACACAAAUGGGACCAUGAGCUCCAGCCACAGCUUCAGCCAGAUCCCCUCUGGCUCCCUCCCUGGCACCAGAGGUGGCUGGGGCCGGCCGGGGGGCUUCCCCCGGGCUCCCAGCGUCCACGGGGGUGCGGGGGGCAUCCGCAUUUCCCUUUCCUUCACCUCCCCAAGCUGCCUGCCCCCGGGAAGGUCUUGGGGGUCUGGAAGAGGCAGCUCCCUCCUAGGUGGGAAUGGGAAGGUGACGAUGCAGAACCUCAAUGAGCGCCUGGCCUCCUACCUGGACAAGGUGCAUGCUCUGGAGGAGGCCAACGUCAAGCUCGAGAGCCGCAUCCUGAAGUGGCACCAGGAGAGAGACCCUGGCAGCAAGCAAGAUUAUUCCCAGUAUGAGGAGAACAUCAGCCGCCUGCAGGAGCAGAUAGUGGACGGCAAGCUGACCAAUGCUCAGGUGUUUCUUCUCCUUGACAACGCCAGGAUGGCAGUGGAUGACUUCAACCUCAAGUAUGAAAAUGAACACUCCUUCAAGAAAGACUUGGAAAUUGGAGUGGAGAGUCUCCGAAAGACCUUGGAUGAUCUAACCAUUGUCACCACAGACCUGGAACAGGAGGUUGAGGGGUUGAGGAAAGAGCUCAUCCUCAUGAAGAAGCGCCAUGAGCAGGAAAUGGAGGGACAGCAUGUACCAAAUGACUUCAAGGUCAAUGUGAAGCUGAAUACCACCCCAGGGGAAGAUCUGAUUAAGAUCCUGGAGGACAUGAGGCAAGAAUACGAGUUUAUGAUAAAGAAGAAGCAUCGAGACUUGGAUGCUUGGUAUAAAGAGCAGUCAGCAGCCAUUGCCCAGGAGACCGCCGGUCCAACAGCUGUGCAGAGCAACCAGGGCAACAUCCAUGAGCUGAAGCGCACUUUCCAGGCCCUGGAGAUUGACCUGCAGGCGCAGCGCAACAGGAAAUCUGCAUUGGAAAACAUGUUAUCGGAGACCCAGUCUCGGUACUCCUGCCAGCUCCAGGACAUGCAACGCGUCAUCUCCCACUACGAGGAGGAACUGCUGCAGCUGCGCCAUGACCUGGAGCGGCAGAACAGCGAAUACAAGGUCCUCCUGGGCAUCAAAACCCACCUCGAGAAGGAAAUCUCCACCUACCGCCAGCUACUGGAGGGGGAGAGCCAAGGAACAACAGAGGAAUCUAAGCUGAGCGUGAGAGCAGCUGUAGCGCCCAAGAUCAAGACCAUCACACGGGAGAGCAUCAAUGGAAGAAUAAUUUAUUCUCAAGUGAAGGAGAUCCAAAAGUAUGCAUGAGGCUAAUAAAAGUUUCUGCCUGUUGUAAAAACUGUUUUUCUGCAAUGGAGAGUCCCUUCCUUGCCCAGACACAAACGGGUGAGUCCUAAGAGGUAUCCUUGGAGUUAUCAAACUCAACAACAUUUUUCUCUGUAACCAUCUCAUCAGACAUUCCAUAAUGAUCUUAAUAUACUGCUGUACUUUUGAAUCAGAGUAUGAGUUCAUGAGCUUAAAGCUCUACUUUCCCACUGCAAUCUUCAGAGUCCAUCACUGUGUAUCUGUUUUAUAGCCAAUAAAACUUCCAUACAACUGCA